AUGGUUCUGUGCUUCAAGCUCCUCUUCGGUCCCACGGCCGCCAUCUUCCUCUCGGCGGUCGUCAUCCUCUCCUGCUUCACCAACGUGCCGUACCUGCAGGUCAGCUACACCGACGAACUCAGCCACUCCUCCUACCUCGCGCCGGCGCCGGUGGUGCCCAGGUGCGACAUCUUCCGGGGCGAGUGGGUGCCGGACCCGGACUCGCCGCAGUACACCAACGAGACCUGCGACUUCAUACAGGAGCACCAGAACUGCAUGCGGUACGGCCGCCCGGACCUGGACUUCCUCAAGUGGCGCUGGAAGCCGGACGCCUGCGACCUCCCGCGGUUCGACCCGCACAGGUUCCUCCAGGUCGUCCGGAACAAGUCCCUCGCGUUCGUCGGCGACUCGCUGGCCAGGAACCACAUGCAAUCCCUCUUCUGCCUCUUGGCCAAGGUGGAGAAGGCCAAGGACGUGUCGGUGACGGACAGGACGGACCCGAACAUGAUCCUGUACUACGAGGGCUACAACGUCACCAUGUACCUCUUCUGGUCGCCGUUCCUGGUGAGGUCGGAGGAGGUCGCCGACCAGCCCGGCGUGUUCAGGCUGUACCUGGACGAGCCCGACGACAAGUGGCUGUCCGUCGCGUCCCGGUUCGACUACGUGCUCCUCUCGGGGGCCAACUGGUUCACGCGCCAGUCCUACUUCUACGAGCGCCGGCAGCUCGUCGGCGGCAUGUACGUCGCGCUCAACUUCACCAGCAGCCUCACCAACCGGCACUCGCACCGGAUGGCGUUCCGGACGGCGCUCCGGGCGCUCGCCGCCGACGCCAGGUUCCGGGGCAAGGUUAUCCUGCGGACGCUGUCGCCGAUGUCGCACUUUGAGGGCGGAGCCUACGACAAGGGCGGGGACUGCCGGCGCACGAGGCCGUACAGGGCCAACGAGACGGCGCCGAUGGGAGGACUGGAGCUGGAGUUCUACACGUCGCAGCUGGAGGAGUUCAGGGAGGCCAAGGGCCUGGACGUGGUGCUCAUGGACCCCACCGCCGCGAUGCUGAUGAGGCCCGACGGCCACCCCAGCCGGUACGGGCACUGGCCGGACGAGAAGCGGACGAUGUACAACGACUGCAUCCACUGGUGCCUGCCAGGGCCCAUCGACGCAUGGAACGACAUGCUGCUUCACAUGCUGUCAGAUUCUAAUUAA